CUUGGGCCCGCUGCGCCGCGCCCCGCCGGGACCCCGCGUUGUUCUCCUCACUCUUGGGGCGCGCGUUUCCACCCCACGAAGAGCGCCACACGCACCACGCCGCUGCCGAACGGAAAAUUAUCGGCAAAUCCCGGCCGCACUUUGAGAGGCACGCCGCGGAACCCAACUGGGCUAGCGCAGGGCAAGCGCCCAGCCGCUUGCAAACAGCCGCGCAAUCACAACACCGCGCUUUGCCCAUUGGGUGUGGCGAAAAAGGCGCCCCAACCCCCCACCCUGGGGCUGCCGGCUUCGACCCCCGCGGCCGCCAGUAUUAUGGGAUAGCUCGCGCCUCUCCCGGUGGGGGCGCCCCCACCCCCGCCACGGAUGAGAUGCGGGUGGGGGAAGGAGCGGCGCUUGUCGCAGGCAUUUGGUUCGAACAAGCAACGAGCCACCGGGAAGCAGGCAUGAAGCUGGCGAUUUCCCCAGCCCCCACCCCUCCACUGCUGCAACCAAAAUCCCCCCAGAGGACCCCGACAGCCCCAACACCACAGAUGCGCCGCAGCCCAUAG